CAGCUGCUGGGAAAGCUUGCAACGUGACGCAAAUUAAUUUGAAUGAUAACUAGCAUCCACUUAAAGCUUUGUUUUGUGAACUGGUCGCCCCGAUAAUUUGCCAACGUUAUGUUGACAUGUGUGCUAGUUUGGCUAGAAUAGCUAUAAGGGACUUCUCAUAAACUAGGGUACCAGUGAGGAUUUCCUACGCUGGACAACUUUGUUACAGCUGUUGCUAAAUUAUUGAUAAUCUGCUUAUUAUUUUAAUGUCAUUACAUUAAGAUAUAAGGGGGAACAUAGCUAUAUAACGUUAUAUUCAAUAAUAUUCACGAGUUGAUUUAAAACCGACGUUUAACCCAUUAUCAUGGUUGGUGUCUUAAAACAUUACUUUUCUGUCCUUGCAUUUAUGGCAGUGUAAAUUGUAGUUAUAUCAAAUAUUAAGCAUGAAUCAGUUAAAUUAGACAUUCAACUUGAACCUUGUAAGAAUCCUGGAUCUAGCUGUCGGACUGUUUUUUUGUGUGUGUGUGUGUAUAGAGAUCUCUCAAAUGUUUCAUGUGAUUGUAAAAUCGAAUGCUUCUAACCGAAAAUCACUUUACCUUGAUACUGUUAGGGCCUACAUAAAGCUGUACCAACAGCAGAGAUUUCUUUCCAGCACAAUGGAGUGAAUCCUUACCAUGCUUCACCUGGCUAUUAGCGGAGCCUUGUCUGGCAGCGAAAUAAUUAAUCAUGCCUUGUUUACUGCCUUUUUUUUUAAACAGCUGAUAUGGCUGCCCAUAUCUCCCUGGCAUAUUACAUAAUUUAUGCAGAAGCAUAUAAGACAUUUUUGGACUCACCUUGUCAUUCACUUGCAAAUUUUGUCAUCAAAGAAAGAGAGAUUUACAAUUCUGAGUUGGAUGACAAAGCGUAUUUUUCAAGUCUGACUUCCCAGUUGCAAUGCUUGCGGUUAGCAACUGUCACCGAUUCCUUCCAAACAACUCAUUGUUGAAUUUGCGAUGGCUGAUGAGCACCGAUACGUUUUAUCUAUAAUUUUUCAUUAUUUCUCUUCAUAUGACAAGGAUUAAAAAGGAUUUGCCAGUAGAUUGUCUACUUGAUUUAUGAUGACUGCAAGCUAAGAUUUUGAAAGUAAGAUGUUGACAUGAUCAGUCCAAUCAAAGCUACUGUAGAUAUGUGAUUUGAAGUCAUUUUAUCUGUGGCCAAUGACCUUGAGCCUUCUUGGAAGGGCACUUCUAAUCUAAGUCUAUGGUUGGACCCAAAGGGCUCAUAUUCUUGAUAUCUACCCUUACUAAAGGCGGGUGAUGUAGUGUCCCCAUGGUUGACAGAACACUGAGCCAAUCACGGUGCAAUGCUCCUAUUUUCUGCUGGUCUGCCCCAGCACAAACAGCACUGAGUUAGGCUGAAACACCUGCAUUUUGGAGCUGCCUGUUUUGUAUGUGGCUUUAUUAUUUUAUUUUUUUUACAUUGUUUGCAAACUGAUAUGUGACACGUAUUAAUUCCAAAAUAACAUGCAGAACAGGCAAGCCCGCCCCAUUAAUUUUUUUGCAAAAAAUGUGGGUCUCAAAACAGGUGGGGAUCUGGUUUUUGGUCGCUUAAUCAUUAUGAAAAUUGCGAUGGUAAGAUUCAAAUGGUAAGAUUAAUUCUACCGCUAUUCACAACCUUAUUAUUUGUGCCUGCAAUAUGGAUUUUUGUCCAUAUUGCCCAGCUCUAAAUGAUGCUUUGCAACAUUCAAGAUUACACAUCUAGCUUUCACAACUGUUAUCAUCUGUUAUCGUUGAAUCAAACCAGUCAACAAGGUGGCCAUAUUAGCUUAGUUAAAUGAUAGCUAGCUAGCUGUUUUAGUUUCUGACUGACUGUCAUGACAAAUAUGACAGAUAAAAGUUUACCUAGUUUGUUUGCACAUCUUUGACAUUUUUCUUUUUUAAUUUGUUCAUGUCACAGUUGGAAUUGUCUCUGGGACCAGGAUGACGAGGCUCUCUGUGACCUGACAGAGAAAAGGAGCAGAAGAGGCUUUGAGGGUUAUGUGCCACUCAUAUUACUGAGCAAUACCAUAUCUGGACAUCAUGGAGCUUGUAGUGGCCAAGGUCCUUUGCCUUCUGGGAGUGUUUGCCCUCAUGUUGGCUGGGAUUCUUGUCCCAGUGCGCCUGAUGAUGCAGGUGGACUAUGAAAAAGCCCAAAACUACAGGAAGGCUCUUGCACUCUGCAAUUCUUUUGGCGGUGGUGUAUUUCUGGCCACUUGCUUCAAUGCUCUUUUGCCAGCAGUAAGAAACAAGGUGGACGAGGUCCUUAAGCUGGUGAAUAUAACCACAGACUACCCCCUGGCAGAGACCAUGAUGAUGCUGGGCUUCUUCCUCACCGUCUUUGUGGAGCAGGCAGUGCUCACCUUCAAGAAGGAGAAGCCAUCUUUCAUCAACCUGGAGACCUUUAACGCAGGGGUCUCCGAGGCUGGGAGUGACUCUGAGUACGACACUCCAUUCAUUUCUCCCACCCGGGGCUCCCCUGUGGGCCACCACCAUGGGCAUCACCACGGACACCUCAGCCCCACUGAGCUGGCCAGAGCUGGGCCUCUGCGGCUGGCCAGCCUGGUCCUGGCUCUCUCUGCCCAUUCUGUAUUCGAGGGGCUGGCCCUGGGCCUCCAGGAGGACGGGGCCAAGCUGGGAAGCCUCUUCCUGGGGGUGGGCAUCCACGAGACCCUGGCCGCCGUGGCUCUGGGGGUGAGUGUGGCCAAAGCUGCUUUGCCCAUGAGGGAUGCCAUCAAACUGGGUGUGACGGUCAGCCUCAUGAUACCCAUUGGCAUCGGACUGGGCAUGGGCAUCAAUAGUGCCCAGAACCUGGCAGGUAGUAUUGCCUCUGUGGUGCUCCAAGGCCUGGCUGCUGGUACUUUCCUCUUUGUCACCUUCUUUGAGAUCCUGUCUCGGGAGCUGGAGGAUAAACAUGACAGACUGUUAAAGGUGCUCUUUCUCAUACUGGGCUAUGGGGUACUAGCAGGCCUAAUGUUCAUCAAGUGGUGAUGGACAGAAGAGGCCUUUUUAAUGCACUGAGAUGUCUAUGAGUAUCUUACUGGCCACACUUUGCAUUGUGUGCACACCUGAACUACCACAGUGAACUUUUUUUGUUUUGAUAAAGGGGUACAGUAAAUCAAGUUUAAUAGUUUUUUUUCUUUUGCAUUUACACUGGGACAUGUUUGCUUACUAAGUAAGGCUACGUUGCUCUUUUAGUUUCUGCCAUAGGGAAUGUCCCAUGUUCCUGACAUUGAGUAGCAAUAGUAAAGUGAGUCACUUUGACAGUAUAAUUUUGCAUGUGUUGCCAGACACAUGAUUACAUCUCAUGUAGAGAAAUCAGGAAAAGUACUCCACCACACUGUUGUCUUAUUGGCAUUUUGCAAGACGAGUGAAGUGAUAUACAACUUUAUGUUAUAAGUAGGUUUACUACUGUAUCCCUAAUCAAAUAUAAGAACCAGUUCCCUGGAAACCUUUUGAGUAGCCUGUUGUAUGGUCCUGAUAUCUAUCGUCCGAGAUUAAAUCCAUGGUUUGCUUUUCAAGUUUUUAUUGUAUUUUAAACAUUAUACAUUUUAACAGGGAGUCACAUUGAGAACCAUGUAUCUUUUUAUAAAUGAUGGGGUACAGGUUAUAUGGGUAGUAGAAGGUCUAUUAUAUUUCAAAUUUUGUUUUAAUGAUCAUAAAGUAUUGGAAGACCACUGUGGUCUCUACUGUACAUUGUUGUCACUUUUGUGCUGUUUGCAAAUAAUGGGAUCCCUGUGACUGAAACCUUCAGACUUGGAGCUCUUGUUUGUAUUAUGUGUUAGGUGUCUUUACCACAGUUCGCGAUGACAGAUAAUUUUAUACAGCUUCUUAGAUUAAUUCUAAUUUAGCUAUUUUCAACUAAACACUCCUAUUUCAAAUAUUGCCCAGGAGUAUCCUUGUUUGUUUAAAAAAAAAUGUUUAUUUUUCUUUUCUCCUAAUGUGAAUGUGUAGAACUUGUUUUGUAGAAGCCACUUACUGGAGGAAGCCUACAGAUAAAGGUACAUUUAUCAAGUUCAGAUCUUACUGCACUCCCGAAAAUCUACAUAAGAUCAAUUCAAUUGCUGAUGGUCACAUACACAUAUUUAGCAGAUGUUAUUGCGGGUGUAGCAAAAUGCUUGUGAUUAUUUAAACAUAUAGUAGGCUAGGUCAGUUUGAAUUUGUCCAUAUCAAUUUGUGCUUUUAGGGACCUUAAACAAAAGGAAACAUUAAUUGCUAUUUUAAUGCUGUAUUCCAAAAUAAAUUGUACUGCUAAAUUCUUCA